UGCCAGUUCGUUUCUAUUUGUUGAUAGUGUAGAGUGUUGGACUUGUUGCAGUGGUUCUUAUUUCCACGUACAAGCACUWUAAUUAAUUAAUCGUUCAACGACCAGCAGCAGCACACAUAAUAAUGUUUGUUCGAAUUUGUGUCAAGCUAUCCGCAUUUAUAGCUCAUUAAGUGUUUUAUUUAGGAAGUGAAGAACUAGUCGCUCCAAUGGGUAAGGAUCAGCAUUUACUUGAAGCAGCCCGCAGUGGGGAUAUAAAAACCGUUGGCAAAUUAUUGGAGCUGAUGUCCAAGCGACACGGUCCCCUGUCCAGCUUUCGUCGAAGUCUCAAUAUCAACUGCCAAGAUGUCAAUGGAUAUACUUCAUUGCAUCACGCCUGUCUCAAUGGGCAUAGCGCCGUCGUUCGCCUGCUGCUCGCCCACAAUGCAGAGGUGGACGUGCCCGAUAUACGUGGCACAACACCGCUCUUCUUGGCCUCCUGGGCGGGCUAUCAGGAUAUUGUGAAGAUGCUCCUAUUUCAUAGCUGCAAGCCGGCCAAUCCGAAUGCCCAGACAAUUGAUAACGAGACGCCGCUGCAUUCGAGUGCCCAGCACGGGCACACCAAUGUCGUGGCCAUAUUGCUAUCCUAUGGCGCCGAUCCCACCAUACGCAACAAUAGCUUUCAGACGGCUCUGGACUUGGCUGCACAGUUUGGCCGGCUGCAGGCGGUGCAAACACUGCUGCGCGUCGAGCCCGAUCUGAUUGCACCUUAUCGCCGUCAUGACGAGGAUGAGGUUGCCGAAAUGCUUGGCUACUCGCACCAAUACUCGCCCACGCCCACCAAGCACAUCUUCACGCACACUUGCCUCCACCUGGCCAGCCGCAAUGGCCACAAGAAAGUGGUCGAAACGCUGCUAGCAGCUGGCGUUGAUGUCAACAUUCUAACCAAUGCGGGCAGCGCGUUGCACGAGGCAGCGCUGUGUGGCAAGAAGUCGGUGGUGGUAACCCUACUCAGAGCUGGCAUCGAUGUCCAUGCCACCGACGGCAACGGACGCACUGCCCUCGAGUUACUCUCCGACUAUCCACCUCAUGUGACCUACGAGAUUGCGGCCAUCAUCAAAGAAUAUACGGAGUUGACUGAGUCACAGAUGUUGCGCAGAAAUCAAACGCAGCUGGUCAACCAUAUCGAUUCGUCGUCGUCAUUGCCGAAGCGCCUCUACGAGAAGAAUGUACAGCGGCCGAAGCAGGCAAAGCUCAGCGAUCCAUCCAAGCAGAGGAACAAGCAAGUUCCUCCACCAAAUGGACUUUCGCACUCUUUAAGCUCGUUGGAUAAUUACAUCAAAAGGCCGCCCAAUUACUUGGACAUGAAGCCCAUUAGGCCACAGAAGUCGGUGAGCGAUAUGCACACUUUAGAGCCCCGCGAGGAGCUGUGGUCCAGCUAUAAGCCAGUCUACAAGCUGCCGUAUCAGAGCGCUCUACUUGGCUCAGCGCAGACCUUUUCCAACGGUUCGAUACCCUCGCGCUCCUAUGAGUACAUCAAUCUGCUCAAGCCCAGCUCCAGCAGCGAGGAGCGGAGCAACCACAGCAGCGGCUCUGGUGCGCCUCAAGCACAACCUCGAUCUGACUAUGUGGAGAUGAAGGUGCAAACUCCAGUGCAAACUCCAAUGCAAGCUCCGUUGCAAGCUCCGGUGCCCAUGCCGCGCACGCGCCUAAAUCUUGACUAUGAGAACAUAUUGCCCAGGCAGGCUGUAGACAACAACAACAACAAUAAUAACAUCAACAAUAGCAUCAAGCAUAUAGCUCGCCACUCACCCACACCCGACUAUCCGCCACCCACUGUGGUUGAGGCUGAGACCACGAUCUUUAGUUUUAUGCAGCCGCCACGUCUAGAUGACUCUCAGAUCUCCUGCAGCUCCGAUCAGGUGGAGGAAUUCGUGGGCGAUGAGCCAUUUGCUGGCCUCUUUAAGGGCUCAACUUUGAAUUUGGCGCUAGAUGUGGUGGAUGGGCGUGGCCUGCGUUCGCCCAGCAUGGUGAGAAACGUGAAUGCAUUGAAUCCACGGCGUAGUCUGUCUAAGCAGCGAUUCUCCACAACUGGCGAGGAUUUUAGUGCUUCGCGUGUGUGGGCCGAGAUUGAUACGAUCUUCGAGAAUAUAGGCAAUGAGGUGUGCAUUGUGGAACCAGAGCCGGGACAGAAAAUGGAGCAGGAGGUGGAUGAGGACCGGGAACAAGAGCAGGAAAUGGAGCAGCAACAGGAUGAGGAGAUGCACAGUGAACAGCUGCAACCUGGCUCUAUGGAAGACGCUCGCCAAUCGCUGCACAUACGCAAUCCGGAGGAUUUGCUGCUGGUCAAAUCGCCAAGUCCAGCUUCGCAUUGGUGCCAUUCACCCUAUACGCUGGUCUAUGGCGAAAUACAUUACUCUGUUUAUUAUCUGGGCUCAACAGUCAUCAGGCAGUUGCAGGGCACCAUUUCGACGCGCAAGUCCAUCCAGAAGCUGAAGAUCGAUGAGAAGCUGAAGGCAGCUUCAAGUGUUAGCGACAUCAGUUUGCUGGAGAAUUGCAAUACAUCCACCAAGUAUCUCAAGGCAGCCAAUCUGCAGACACGCCUCCAGGUGGAUAUCUCUGUCUCCUGCAUGGGCGUCAAGUUCAUAGAUCACGAGUUAAAGACUGCCAUUUGCUCGCACGACAUAGAGAACAUCAAUUGCGUAUGCCAGGAUGCGGAGGAUAUGCGUUACUUUGCCUAUAUAACCAAAGAGCAGGAGCUUCAUUAUUGUCAUGUCUUUAUGGUUGACAAUUUGGAACUGGCUAACGAAAUAAUUCUGACUCUUGGCCAGGCCUUUGAGGUUGCCUAUCAACUGGCCCUCAGCAGUCAGAGCACCCCUAUAAUACAGACCGACGAGUGCUAAGCUAUAACAUAUUUAAUGUUCAUACCAUUGUUUUUCAUUUUAACUUGACUUGCUAGUCGUUGUUGCCAUCAUAAAGCUGUCAUUAUUUAAAAU